CAGCCACUUUUCAAGCUCAGCCGAUACCGUGCCUCUUUUUCGCUCUCUUCACAGGCAUUUUUAUCAUUUUCUUAUCCUGGCAGAGUAGAAAUGCAGUGCGACACACCGGUAUAUGAGAGCUUUGUCGACAACUUUCUCACGACGCAGGCCCGCGACGGACAGCAGCGGCCGGCAGUGACGAUUGCUCGGAAAUUCACAGACAGCUGGCCGCUUCCACCCAAGGGAGCGGACGCAAAUGCGCAAAAGACGCAGGUCAGAAUAGGGGUGCUGGACAGCUCGUUCAAUCCCCCGCACUACUGCCACGGGGCAUACCUGGAGUGCAUGGGAACGCAGCGGCUGACGCGGUGCGAUACACACGAGUCGCAGAUACUGGGGCUUGACUCGUACCUUCUGCUUCUGGGCACCUGCGAACGCCGACAAGGAGCUGACGGGCCCAUCGCUGGCGCAGCGUCUGCGCAUGUAGCGUGCGACAAGUCGGCAGACACAUGGCAUGUGUGGAUGUCGCAGACGCAAUUCGACCGAUCGAAUUUGGACAACAUUGCCAUAGGCAUGGUCAACUGCGCGCGGUUCGUCGACAAGUGCCAGGCAGUGCGCGAGCUGGUUGCGCGGCAGUGGCAGCAGGCGACUGGUGUGGAGGUCGAGGUGCUCAGCUACUUCACCAUGGGGUGGGAUACCCUGAUCCGGUUCUUUGACCCCAAGUACUACAGCGACUUCCCCGCCGACAUCGACCGAUUCUUUGCGCUGGGCGGCCACAUUGCGUUCUCGCGCCGCAUUGGGUUCCCAGACAGCGAUGUCGAGGAAUUCUUUGCGCAACCCUGUAUGGAAAAGUACGCGCCGCAUAUUGUCGAGCUGAAGCUGCCAAAGCGGGUCGAACAUGUCAGUUCAACCGAUGCCCGCCUAGCGAUUCGGGACAGCACCGAGGGCGUCCAGGACCUGCCGCCGCGCAUCCUCGAGUUUAUCAACUACGAGCGCAUGUACCGUGGGGUGGAUCGGCGGAGAGCUCAGAAGUAGAACCGGGUUUAGUUUAAGCAAUUGAGACACGAUAAGAAAAAUAGUGUUUGCUCUGGCUGUAGAGCAAGCUGUGAGUGAAAAACCUAAGCAGUCUUGGCAUCGGUGCUGGUGCUGGCUGGGUCAGUAGGUGCUGCUACGCCAGCAGAGGCUGGGGGAGCCGAAGCAAUGA